GACCCCAUUAUCGGAAUUCAAUUCUCCCGCGAAGUAGAAUUGACACGACCUUGUAAAUUGUUUACUUUCUGCUCGUCUUUGAUUAGUCGAGCGUCGAGUGUCAACAGUUUCGUUACGGAGCCGAAAAUUGCAAUCGAGCCAAAAUGUUUUCGAUUGACGCACCUGCUGAAAUACAAAACUCCGAAUUUUGCAACUACCGGUCUCCACUAAGCACGCGUUAUGCAUCGAAAGAAAUGCAAUACAAUUUCAGUGACCAAAAGAAGUUCUCGACCUGGCGAAAACUGUGGGUGUACUUAGCUAAAGCAGAAAAGGAAUUGGGUCUCGACAUCACGAACGAGCAAAUCGCGGAAUUGGAGUCAGCGAUCCAUGACAUCGACUUCAAGUCAGCAGCGGAACACGAGAAGAAGUUCCGUCAUGAUGUCAUGGCCCACGUCCACACCCUGGGCGAGAGGUGCCCCAAGGCCGCCCCCAUCAUCCACCUCGGAGCCACCUCGUGUUACGUCGGAGACAACACCGACCUGAUUGUACUGAAGCAUGGAUUGGACCUGCUCCUGCCAAGACUCGCAGCUGUUAUCAGCUCCUUGGCGCAGUUCGCUGAUGAGUAUAAGUCCCAGCCUAUCCUAGGCUUCACUCAUCUUCAGCCAGCUCAGCUGACAACUGUUGGUAAGCGUGCGUCUCUCUGGUUGUACGACCUUCUGAUGGACGAGAGAGCUCUAUCUAGAGCUAGAGACGACUUAAGAUUCCGUGGUGUGAAAGGAACUACAGGCACCCAGGCAUCUUUCCUUCAACUUUUUAAGGGAGACAGCAGCAAAGUAAGAGCUCUUGACAAGAGAGUUGCAGAGUUAGCAGGAUUUGACAAGCGCUACAUCGUCACUGGUCAAACUUAUUCCAGAAAAGUUGACUUGGAAGUGAUUUCGGCAUUAUCUGGAUUGGGAGCGACUGUUCACAAGAUGUGCUCGGACAUUCGUAUAUUGGCCUCCAGGAAGGAGCUCGAAGAGCCGUUUGAGUCUUCUCAAAUUGGAUCUAGCGCCAUGCCUUACAAGAGAAAUCCGAUGCGAUCGGAACGUUGCUGCGCUCUUGCACGACACUUGAUCACUCUACACGCUAACGCCGCAAACACACAUGCCGUGCAAUGGAUGGAACGCACUCUCGACGAUUCAGCUAAUCGCCGUUUAACUCUGGCCGAAGCAUUCCUGACUGCGGAUGCUACUUUGCUGACUCUUUUGAACGUUUGCCAAGGAUUGGUCGUCUACCCCAAAGUAAUUUCUCGUCACAUCGCCCAGGAACUGCCGUUUAUGGCCACCGAGAAUAUAAUUAUGGCUAUGGUCCAGGCUGGUGGCGAUCGCCAAAUCUGCCACGAGAAGAUCAGGGUUUUGUCCCAUGAAGCCGGCGCCGUAGUUAAGCAAGAAGGCAAAGAUAACGACCUCAUUGAUCGCGUCAAAAAAGACAAAUACUUCGCUCCGAUUUUACCACAGCUUGAGAAAAUACUCGAUGCAUCGACGUUCAUCGGCAGAGCUCCGGAACAAGUGACCGAAUUUUUGGAAGAGGAAGUAUAUGAAGUACUUUCCAAAUACAAAUCCACUCUGUCGGAGGUCGCCAAACCAGUUACUUUAAACAUUUAAUUAAGUGAAAUGAUAUAAAUGAAACAAUUGGUACAUGAAUAUAAAGAUUUAUUUACAUUA